AUGGCCAGUUCUACGCAGCCGCUGGCUAACGGUUUCUCAGCGGGAAAUUCACUGCCGUUUGUUUCUGGAUUAACUUCACAGCAGCAGCAGCAGCAGCAGCAGCAGCAGCAGCAACAGUUACCACAUCAAAUCAUGGCCCGACUGCUUGCCAGUCAAAAUGAUUUGCGUCCGCAACAGCACCAGCACUUUCAGAACGACAAUGACGCGGCCGUUCUGGCUGAAUUUUUCCAAGACAUCUCUCCUCCACCGCUUCAGCAGCAGCAACAACAACGAAACAUCGCAUUUACUGCCGCAGAUGCCGCUAAUGCACCUGUCGUUGUUGCUAACACUGCCGCCAGCACCGCCGCCGCCGCCUCCGGGUCAUGGGGUCAUCAUUACACACAGCAGCAGCAAAAGCCACUGCAUCAUCACUUUCACUCCAUGCAUGCGUAUCAGCAUCCUCAUACGUCUCAGUCACAGUUUAUCUCAAUGUCUUCUCCAGUCACCAGCUACACAGAUUCCACCGCCGCAUCAACACCAUCGUCCGUGAGCACUUUUGCAUCUUCAUCGGUGACAACUCCUUCAUCGGCAGCAUCGACCCCGCCCCCACACGCAUUAGCUCAUCUUCUGCUCCAGAGUCCCGGCGUGACGUUUUUGCAUCCAGCACAGCUUUAUUUGCCGCCCGAAAGCGCUGUGGGAAAUAUCAGCCAACAGAUAAUCUCUCUGUCUGGCACUACUCAGCACCACUUUCCACCCGCCGCGACUGCCGCCGUCCCAGCCCAACUUGUUGGCAACAUGAGCAGCCUCACCAGCAGCAGCAGCAGCAGCGUUUGCUCCGAUGAUAUCAGCAGAGCGUCACCUCCAGCUCCGCUCCCGACACCACCACCACCGCAACCACCACCGCCACAACCACCACCACCAGCAAGCGACAAAAUCCCAAUGAACAGCCAUUAUGGAUUUUACUACAACAAAAUUAUCCUGGGAAUCGCCGAUCGUCUGAAAGACCAGCAGCAGCAGCAGCACGUUGCCAGUCAAACUGUGGGCCCAGAAGGAGGAGGCGGCAGCAGCUGCGGCGGGAGCGGUGACAUCAUCCAGCCACAAACAAAGCGGCCUCGCUUGCAAUAG